UUGUAUGUCGUAAGUUCAGCUCUUUUAGAUCCAUAACAGAAGUUGGCACCUGAUGUUGUGAUUGAUUUAUUGGAUAUCUUUCAAUCAUUCUGAUGUUUCGACUCAAAGCGACCUAGCGCGUUUGAUUAAUAAAAUAUUGAAAGUAAUCAAAACACAUCAUUUUGUGUGAGCAGCGAAAAGAGAUGAGGUAAGUUUGACAAGUCCAUAGUGUCAUACUUAAAGCAGAGCGGAGUAUUAUAAAACAAACCUCAACACAAACUGCACUUCAACAUCUAUCAAACAUGGCUGGUUUCGGAGCGGCGUCGCUUCCCCUAAUUUCGGCCAUCGCCCUCUUAGCGGGCGCCUUGCUCAUUAUUCUGGGUUUCGCGGCCCCGUACUGGGCCAAUGACGGCACUCACUACGUGGGGCUGUGGCGCUACGGGCGCUGCGUGAAAGACGACAUUAUCGGCUGCUACGCAUUGGACCAGCCCAGCUUUCGGCGAAUUCCUGACUGGCUGCACGCAGUUCGGGCGCUGGAGUGUGUGGCGGUGGCGUGCGUGUCCAUACCCCUGGUCAUCCUGCCCGUGUACAUGUACGUGGCCCUGGGAAUGUACUACCGCUGCAUGAUGGGAACCAUGUGCCUCUUCGCGCUCAUGAGCACGCUCACAGGCAUUGCCGGAGUGAUCGUGUACGGUAUUAACCUCACCAACAACGGCUGGGAUAUCGCCUGGAGCAUGAUCUGCGUCAUCAUUGGGAGCGCCAUCGUAUUCAUCGGGUUCCUCAUACUGCUCAUCUCCAUGGUCUCCAAGCGUCCCAGUACCAUCCACCAGCCCUUCUAUCCGUCCACUAUCUACGUAGACCCGUACAAGAACAAGCUCUACACCAUCCGUCUGGAGGAUUAGAAUGAUUGUGACAAUCACUUGGCGCUCGUGGGAUUGAAUGACGAGGGGCGUGUUAGAGAAAUCACGUAAUUGUUGUACAUACAUGUAUAUGCUCGCAUUAUGGUGCUAUUAUUGUUGUGACGUUUGGAAACUUGUAUAACAAUGUUGAAAAAUGAUAAUGAAAAAAAACACACACAACAAAUAUGAGCUUCGAUCAUGGAAAAUGGGACGCAUGUAUGUUUAGUUUCGUCCCAGAUUAGCCAAAGCGGACUGCACAGGUUACUCCGCGAAACAUAUGUUUUAUUAUUUAAAUUUAAACCAAAAUUUGAGUUUGGGGAUGUUGUGAACAUCAUUUAUACUCAAAUUGAUUGCAAUGCUUGAUGAAGUUUGGAUUUCUAAUGAGAAUAAUCGUGCGAAGUUAUGCCAGGUUUUUGUAUGUGUUUGUUGUUAGUAAAAGAUAUAUGUUUCUGUUUUUGUUUAUGUGUUGUUUUUUUUUAAAUUAAUUACAUAAUUAAAAUCAUGAACGGAAUUUCUAAACUCUCUCCAUAAACUAUCAUAAGCAUGCGACGUACAUUAUACUGCAAACCAAAGUGUUAGUACUAAAGAGCCGUAGUUCAAGUAGAAUAUUUAUAAUAUUUAUGCGACAGUUUGUGUUAAGCGUGUUUGUUCUUUAAAAGACUUUACAGCAUACAUAAUGAAAUUAAAAAAUAACAAAUAUUUAUGUUUUGCGAAUUUGCAAACAUAUUUAGAAAGGUGCAUUUUUUAACCUCUUUUAUCAUGAACCUACUGGAAUAAUUAGCAGAAGGGAGAGAACCAAGCAUUGCAAUUUAGUCUACUAAUUUACUUCCCAUCUGGAAGUGAACCUCGCAUGCUUUAUUGAAUAUAAAUCUACUUAUUCACUUCCCAUGUUUGUCAGUCUUAAUUAACCUUGCCAGUUAUAUAUAGGUAGGUUUUCCAAAUGCUGGAGAAAAUACUGAAUGUUUCUAGAAGAAGUACAGUAAGCAAUACGUAAUCUAAAUGCAAUUCACUGUUAUUUAUAGGAACGUAUCUCAAGACUAUCAAAUAUAUUAAUACCUUGCUUUAGUAACGCGGAAUGUUCGUAUUUAAAAUUAAUGCCAGUUACAUUCCACAUAACGUAAUGACAUGAACAGAUCAUUAAAAGUUAUAAAACAUUA